UCGGACUUGGAUGUAUGCUGGAAGACGGAUCCGGGACGGAGAGACAGAUCCGGCCAUCUCAAUUCCCCGCACCCGACCUCGGACCGAGUUUCUAGGCCUGGGCUCGUACUGUAGCUUUUUUGUGCUCGAACUCCGACUGCCCAUUUGUCUGGAGACCAACCGCGUCUCGCUCUGGAUUACCACUCGUACAGCUCGUCCGGUCCUCCAAGAGGUGUGCUCUUACGCGAUGGGCAUUCGCACUGCAUUUUGUAAAGCAGACCAAGAUCAACUCGCUUCGUUCCUCGCUGCUAAUCCUGGCGACCUCAAUGGAAACGCAAUCUACAAGGAAUUCGCUCAAACUCAUACCAACCACACCUGGCAGUCAUGGCGGCACCACUAUAUCUCCAACUCAAUGCUCAUCAACGGAAUCAUUCGAAGGAUUCGGAGACUAGAAAAAGAAGCGGCUUCCAAGAAAAAUCAGCCUCCCUCGGAUGGCCACACUCUGCCGAAUGACAAUCACAGGGAGCCAAACGAAACUCAUAAACCACAACAAGAAUCAGCAGCCAAGAAAAAUCAGCCUCCCACGGACGGUCAUACUCCCCCGGAUGAUUCUGACAAAGAAUCAAGAGAAUCGUCGACUGAAAUCGUCAUAAAACGGAGUCCCAUGACCCGCAAGGGGAAGGAAAAGGCUGCCCAUUAUUUGUUAGACACCGAUAGCGAUUCUGAUUGUCCAGGAACCGAAUCAAACCCAGCUGAUACCCCGCAAGACUUUGUCGUCCAUCGGAUCCCAACUGACCACCAUAAUCAUUCGAAAAAUUACGACCAUGUAACAGACCUGGUAUCCUCGCACCAACUAGGUAAAAUCCGCUCGAAUCCGUCUGUCAAAUUAAUCACUAUGUCGCCCGACGAGGAGAAGAAAUUGUGGCAGUUUGUCUCUACAUAUCCUGAAGGUGACAUUCGGCUGUCUUUGACACUUUACGAAAACUACCACCUGCAGGCGCCUAAGUUUUCGGCCGAACAAUAUCGCACUUAUUAUCUCGCCCGUCAGAACAGAAUUUGUCGCAAACGGCCUGCUUCUCGGGAGCCGGAAGGAAUGACGCGUCCGAAAGUCAACAGACUUAAUCCUUUGCCGGCUGAUGAGGCGCGUCAAGGACUGCAUCGAACUGACUCCUUGGACCGAUCAGAAGGCCGACGAACGUUAGUCCUGAAUGGCCGAGAAGACGAGGUUCCAAAACAGUCAGCCGACGAUGUCACUCUGGACCUCGACACACUCUCUGUCUCUACUGGGUCCUCUGAUGACCUAGAAUUGGAGUAUAUUCUUACUUGUCCGGAUUACCAUAAAGUAGCUAGGAAUAUGAACACAUCUGAAGAAUUCUUACGGCCACUGUUGAAGCUUCAAGAAGAUGUUUUCCGGCCUUUGGAUUUCGAGAUUCUGGAUCCUGUCGUCCAUCAAUCUCGCCCAGUCAAUCAACAAUCAACUCGUGAAUCUCUUCUGGCUGGCCAAGAAACCCAAAAAUCUCUCCCGGUCUUGGAAGAUCCUGGAAAGCAACCUCAUUCGGCUGCGAAAGAACCAGCCCAGCAAGCAUCUCGUCCGGCUGCCAAAGAACCAGCUUCUCGUCCGGUCGUACAACAAAAAGCCUCUCGUCCGGCCGUGCAAGAAAAAGAAUCUCGUCCGGCUGCGAAAGAACCAGCAUCUCGUCCGGCUCCGAAAGAACCAGCUUCUCGUCCGGUCGUACAACAAAAAGCCUCUCGUCCGGUUGUGCAAGAAAAAGAAUCUUGUCCGGCUGCGAAAGAACCAGCAUCUCGUCCGGCUCCGAAAGAACCAGCAUCUCGUCCGGUCGUACAGCAAAAAGCCUCUCGUCCGGUUGUGCAAGAAAAAGAAUCUCGUACGGUUGCUCGAGCACCAGAAUCACGUCCGGAUGUACAACACAAAGCCUCUCGUUCGGUUGUGCAAGAAAAACAAUCUCGCCCGGUUGCCCAAGCACCAGAGUCUCGUCCGGUGGAGCAACAACGAGAAUCACGUCCGGUCAAACAAGCAGGAGCAUCUCGUCCGGUUGCAAAAGAACGAACAUCUCUUCCGGUUACCCAAGCACCAGAAUCUCGUCCGGUUGACCAAGUACGAAAAUCUGGUCCGACUGUCCAAGGAGGUGCAUCUCGUCCGGCUGAGCAAAAACGAGCCUCUCGUCCGGCUGUCCAAGAAGGUGCAUCUCGUCCGGUUGUGCAAAAGACAGCAUCUCGUCCGGUUGUUCAAGAGCCGAAGCAACAAAAACCACAGCCGGUCACCCAAGAACCAAAAGAUCGUCCGGGCGAGCAAAAACGAGGAUCUCGACAACAGGUUGUGCAAAGGAGAACCUCUCGUGCGGUUAAUCAAGAGUCAAGGCAACAGAUACCCAAGCCAGUCAUUCAAGAACCAGAAGGAAGCGCCGUUUCGACCCCAGCUGAAUCCUCUACAUUAACUUCAGGCAAGACUUCACGGCGCAGUUCGUUCAAUCCGCCCCAACCGCCCAAGUCCGUUCAGGAAGCAGUGGACCUAUUGUGCGUGUUUCUGGAGGACUUUGGGGAGCUCUAUACACCUCCUGAGGCCGCCCAACUUCUUCACCAAUGUGGAGACUGGGCGGUGAUGUUCGAGGUAGCCACGCUGAAAAAGCUCGAGCAAGAACUGAAAGAGGCUUCCAAGGGUCCCAAUGGACAGGAUGAGAACGAGGAGAAUGCGGUCGAUCAAGAAUAUCUGUUGAGGAUUCAGAAACUGGUAUGGACUCCGGAGGAAGAUGAUCUGGUCUUACUCCAUCCUCUGCCAACUGAUCCUGAAUCUCAAGUCAAACUCAGACAACUCUUGGAGAAAAAAGGCCCUCAAGCUAUCGAAAAUCGCAAAGCUUUUCUACGCUCAACUAUGUAAUGCUUGAUCCAAUUUUCCCACACCUUGAGCACACUUGUUCUCUUACCCACCACCCAUCUUCUUGAUAUCCCGUUGUUUUCUAUGUAUUACUCCCCGGAAGUCUUAUUCUAGGACUCAAAUUUGAUACUCUCUCAACCUUCCUUCGUGUCUGGAGGAGUUUACAUUUACCAAUUCAUAACGGAGAUUAUCAUACUGGUCUCCUAUUACCGCUUAUAUGAGAUCCUUUUUGCAUUCUUAGUAUCUUUAUCUGUUUGAUUAUUCCAUUUAACUUAUUUUUCUCGAGAGUUUCUUCAUGAACUCUGCUCCAUCAUUUCUUUCAUCCACAAGCGAUUAUGUGUCAUCUAAGCAACGUGAUCAUUCUACGUUUGUUUGUACCUCUCAUCGAAAGCCUAUGUACACAUGAGACGCCACGGCGCGUUUACCACCAGUGUGUUUUUCUAAAUACUCCCCCCCCUCCCCAACAACAGCAAAGUUGGGAUACUAUCCAGGGAAUGUAAUUAGAUUAA